ACAAAAUAACAAAACAAGGACGCGUUUGUAGUCGACAAUAUUUGGAAAAGGACUGUGCACAAUAUGAUAGCAUCUUAACAUUUACUUUAUAAAUCUAAAUUAAUGUUGUCUUAAUCAUUUCUAGCAAUGUAGAGAGCAAAAAAAAAAUGACAACAAUAAUUACCAUAAGCUCCCACAUGUGUCUGUUUGCAAUUGCUGACCCUUUCAACUUAAAAGGACGACUUACUACAAAAGACUAGAGAGUAUUCAACCCAUAUCAUACGCUAGCUUCCACUCAAAAGACGACUUAACUACAAUUUCAACUCAAAAAACGACUUGACUACAAAAGACUAGAGAACUCUUCAACCCAUAUCAUACAAUCUUUCUAGCUUCCACCUUAGCAUUAAUUUGUUUAUAAAAAGCUUCUUAAAUUUAAGGGUUCCAUGGUUAUUAGUCAAGAGAGAGGUAGACAUAAAGAGAGAAUGGAUAAGAAUAAUACCAGAUCCUUUCUGAAAUUUGCAGCUCUUGCAAUAGUUUUGUCUGCCUUGGUACUGAUGGAAAAACCUACGAGCAUUCCAGCAUGUAACAUCAACGCAAAUUAUUUGGAGAAAUGCCGUCCAGCCGUCACUGGAGACAACCCGCCGUCUCCAGGCAAAGAAUGCUGUCUAGUCCUCCAAGCAGCCAACUUGGAAUGCAUUUGCAGAUCCAAGUCUUACCUCCCCGUUUUAGGGGUAUACCCGUCUAAAGUACAGGAUCUUCUGAGCAAAUGUGGCGUUACAACAAUCCCUACAGCUUGCCAAGCUUCAAAGAACUGAGUAGGAGAUAGACCGUCUGAGUUUGCUUGAUCUUGUCCUGCAACUGAUCUGAAGUCUCUUAUUUACAAUGUAUCUUUAAAGUUCUGAUCCAAAUAAAUCACAGACUUGCAAUGAUCUUUAAUCACUUUAUGUAUAUAGAAGAACCAUAUACAUUAACGAAAACGUUAAAAUAUUGUCUUAUA